UCACGUCACGUCACUGCAUAAGAGUUUGGGCAUGAGAGAAAACAGUGUAACUUUGAUAUUGUUUUGUAUCUGUCAUUAUUAGUAGAUAAUAAAAGUUAAUGCCAGUACUACCUUUUAGUUCGUCGUAGGACUAGUGAGAUAGUGGCAGUUUCGCUUAGAAAUAAAAGUCGGAAUGCUGACUGAAUCCACUUUCAGUUCUAGUGAAAGUAUGUUUCCUAACCGCACGCGCCCUAGGCUGAUAGUGGGCUGCUGAUGUCGCUGAAAUGUAGGGCGAUAAAGAGCAAUAAAGAGGUUGCGGGUUGGGUAGUGAGAGUUGGCAUACAUUCGACCUGUAUUCAAGACUCGAAUGUGUUUAUAGCUGACGUUUCAAUUGAAAAGUGGCGAUCCCAUUAUAGCUUCAUACAUUCCAGUGUGCAUUAAAUAUACUGUGAAUCUUAAGAAUGGUACAUACACAUUCAAGCUCUGGAAAUCUGAGGACCACUCACAUUACAUACACAACUUCAGACAACGGAGAGGCCACAGCAGAUUUUCAGCCAUGCAGUGUCACACAGAAAAGGACAGAUGUCACUUACUCUACUACAAAAUCCACAAUUGUGAGAAGGAAAGUGAUCAGUUCUUCAGAGUCGAAUAGUUCAUCCUCCUCCAGUCAUUCAUCUGGAAGCCUGAGGACUCAUCCUACAGUUUAUAUUGUGUUUGUAUCCUUGUUGCUGGAUCUUCUGGCAUUCACAAUGAUCCUGCCCCUUCUUCCAUCUCUUCUUGAUCAUUACAGCCUUAAUGACAGCCCUAAGGGCCUUUAUCCAUGGUUGCUAAGGAAGGUACAAUAUUUUCAAGAAUUGGUUGGUGCCCCUGAUAGGUUCAAUUCUGUUCUUUUUGGGGGAUUUCUAGGCUCAAUGUUCUCGUUUCUUCAGUUCGUGGCAUCUCCUCUGGUUGGUGGUUUGUCAGAUGUUUAUGGACGUAAGCCAGUUAUGCUUAUUUGCCUUAUUGGAAUUGCAUCUUCCUAUGUUUUGUGGGCAUUGUCAAAAAGUUUUGCAUUGUUUGUGUUGGCAAGAAUUGUUGGAGGAAUCAGCAAAGGCAAUGUCAGUCUCUCGAUGGCCGUGAUAGCCGACGUCUCGUCGUUAGCAACUAGGGGACGGGGUAUGGCAUUGGUUGGUAUUGCAUUUUCUGUGGGUUUCAUAAUUGGACCAGUCAUUGGAGCCAUGUUCGCCCACUGGUCACAUGGACAGUCUGGAGACUGGUUUGUUGUUCCUGCACUUUUUGCCCUCUGUCUGGCAUUAACUGACGUGGCAUUCGUGCUGGUGUGCUUCAAAGAAACUUUACCCAAGGAAAAGCGAGCUCGGUCAUUGGCUGGAAGUCUGGCCCAGGCAACAGCUUACAUCAGUCUGCCAGAUCUCUUCCGUUUCAAGGCAGUCAAGAAUAUUGCACGUUCUGAUCUUGCAGAAUUGCAGCAACUUGGCUUCAUAUACUUUGUCUACUUGUUCCUGUAUUCUGGUCUGGAGUUCACACUAACAUUUCUGACACAUCAUACAUUCAGCUAUACAUCAAUGCAACAGGGGUGGAUGUUCUUUGUGAUUGGUCUCACCAUGGCUGUCAUGCAGGGUGGUUAUGUCCGCCGGCUUCCUGAACAUAAGAUUAAACCUACAGCCGUAUUGGGUCUUUUGCUUAUAGUUCCUUCUUUCAUCUUCGUGGGUCUGGCAUCUUCGCCCAUACUGCUCUAUGUCGGACUCCUGUUUUUUGCAAUAUCCACAGCAAUGGUUGUACCAUGUAUGAUGACUCUGGUUUCAAAGCUCGGCUCACAUGACCAGAAAGGGACUGUGAUGGGUAUUUUUAGAUCACUUGGAGCAUUAGCCCGAGCUCUUGGGCCGAUAGUUGCAAGUAUAGCAUUUUGGAGUAUUGGUUCUACGGUGACGUACCUUGUGGGAGGUAUUGCUCUGCUCUGGCCUUGGAUGCUACUCAGGAGAAGUAGCAUAGUUUAACCUUUAGUCUAUCAAGCCUGGCCAUAGCACUACCUGUUGCAGAGGCCAAAGCUUCUUGGCAGUAAAUGCCGUUGCACAGAAAAACUCACAAAUGACCACAAGAGUAGACAAUGUGAAGUAUGUACUUCAUUCUAGACGUCAGUGUAUCAUGCUUGAUGCCAUCUAUUGACAGAAUGCAGUACUAAAUGGUUAACAUCGACUAAAUAUCUUCAUCAGGUUCACUGAACCGAUGUAAUCGGCUCAUGGCAUGCAGAGAAUUCAGCUGUGUAUUACAUCAGUUUUGUACAAUGAUAUCUGUACUUUUGUAAGAAAUAUAGUAAGUGCUUGAAGGUUUCUGACAGUGGUUGAAUAUUGUCUGAGACAUUGCUCAUUAUUUGAAGGAUAUUUGGUAUGUACAACAUUUUGAGAGUGGGUUCAUUUUGGUCAUCAGGUGUAAGGGGCCAAGGGAUUGUACUCAGGUGGUCCCAUUAGAAAGAGAUAGUCCAGUCAUCAUGACUGUUCUCCAUAAUGGGCCCAGCUGAGUAAGAUUGUUCCCCGCCUUGUACUUCAUGACAGUGGAACAGAUUCAAUUUUCAAAAUACUUCACACAUGAAGUUUGCCUCAGGCAAUGGAUACUAUCCAACGUAAUAUUGUCAUGUGUUAAGGUAUCUGUGACAGAUAAUUACUGGGCUGUGGCUUUAGACAAAGCUGUUUAUUGGAGAAUUACGCCAGGUGGAACUGCAGACAGUUAUCAGACACAAUAAUUAUAACACUUCGUAACUGAGAACAAUGAUCACAAGUUAAUGUUCCUUGUAACUACGCCACAUGAAGGCUUCUAUCGGUUCCCCUCUUGCUUCUCUUGCUGAUCACUGAUCUGAUCUCCGCCCUUAUGUCACUUCUCUGCUUCUCUGUCGCAAUCUACCCUCUUAAAACAGAUCUUCGUGUACUGCUGAGAGAACACCUUGUCCAAGGGUUCUCUCUGUAUUUGAAGCAGUGUUCACUAGCAUAUUCAUUGCUGUGGGAAUUUCCUAGAUAGCAGUCUGCCUGUGUUUCGUUGCCUAGGAAUUGCUAGUUGUUGACCAGCAAUGGACACUGGUUGUCACGCACUGUCUUGAUCUGAAGAGCAGCUGCUGGCAAGUCGAUGUACACCUAGACAACAAGGAGGAAACAGCGUUUUCAACAGGUCAAGGGUUAUGAGAGUUCACAGUCAUGCCCUUAGGUCUCUGCAACACCCCUGGGCCUUCGAGAAGCUAAUGGCGACAGUCCUGCGAGGUCUCAUGUAUAAUUCCUAUCUUGUGUAUUUGGACGACAUGUUCGUAAUUGGUCGCACAUUCCAAGAGCACUUCCUCAACUUAACGCCUAAAACUCAACCUGUGCCCACCAACACUUGAAGCUUGCCAUGAUGAAAACUCUGUACAAUAAACUAGCCAGCUUCGCAGGUUACCAUGAAGGGAACAAUGUGUGGCUCUCAUCAUCCAACCUGCAUGAAAGGGAAAUCGCCAAGGCUUCAGUUUUCAUGGGAUGGCCCAUUCAAAAUGAUCACCUGAAUUAACAGUGUGGUGUAUAGGAUGCAGAACACUCAGAUCAAGGAUGGUGGUACACCUAGAUCGGCUCACACCCUAUGAGGGUGCCGCUCGGGACAAGCUCCUAUAAAGAGGGAGCAGUGGUAGUAAGCCAUAGAAAGGAAAGAAUGGUCCCGAACAGCCUUAAGGGGAGAGCAGUGUGACAGGUGCACCCACUGCAUAGAGAAGUGUCACUUCCUAGGUAACACAUCGUCAAGACAUUGCGUGACAACCAGCGUCCAUUGUUAGUCAACAGCUAGCAGUUCCUAGGCAAUGAAACAUAGGCAGACUGCAACCCAGGAAAUUCCCACAGCAACGGAUACGCUAGCAAAGGCUGUGUCAAUACGGAGAGAACCCUUGGACAAGGUGUUUUCUCAGGUAUACGUGAAGAUCUACUUUUAAGAGGGUAGAUUGCAAAAGAGAAGCAGAGAAGUGACAUGAGAUCAGAUCAGUGAUCAGCAAGAGAAACAAGAGGAGAGCCGACAGAAGUCUUCGUGUGGUGUAGUUACAAGGAACACCAGAGUGUGAUCAUUGUUCACAGUUACGAAGUGUGAUAAUUGUCUGCCACCUGGCAUAAUUCUCCAAUAAACAGCUUCAUGUAAAGCCACAACCACAGUAAUUAUUUGACAUUGAUACCCAGACACGUGACAAUAUAUAUAUACACAGUGCAACCUGCGUUUAAUUUUCCUUGAUUUGAGGUUUUCCUUCAUUUAAUCUUCAGUUUCAGUGACACCAAAUCAAAAAUCCCAUCGAUAAAUUACUUCUGUACAAGGUUUUCCUUAGAUUAUGUUCAAAUGUGCUGAUCCCCAAAGAAAUCUUAAGUGGAGGUUUCACUGUAUGAAGACUCUGAUGCACGCAAGAAUUCCUAUUGCACAGUGCAGAAGAUAUAAAAAUGUAUAACUCUUUCACUUUUAAAACUGUAUAAUUCAGUAAAUGAGGCUAGAUGUGCAACAGCGUGUGCAGAAGGGAAGUGUGUUUGUCUCUGUUUAUGUAAGACAGGAGCAAUGGGAAAUGUUCAUAAUGCUAGUUGUGUUAUAUGCACAUUAUAAUGGUUCUUUCCUUCAUUGUCUUCCAUUUGCUGUAUUGUAAGCCUUGGUGAACACUUACACAAAUAUUUACUUCACUGAACUGUAAACUUUCCGGUGCAAGAAAGAUAUAUUCUGUAUUAUAAUAUUUUAGUAAGAUUACACUGUUCUGGGAUACAGUGCAGCCUUGAUUGGUAAUAUCUGUCUACCAAAGUACACGAUGUUGUACCCCAGUUCACCACUGGGGAGUCUCAGAUUUCACACAAUAUUUUAGCAUGUUAGCCUGUAAAUUCAGGCUAACGACUUCUGGUGACUGUGUGUAACCAUAACUCGAAUGAUGUAUUACUUUGGACAUUGUCCAUUGUCCAUUGUCCUGUGUUUUUCAAACUCUGGAAUUUCAGAAACUGGUUCUCUCUGUCAUCAGGUGCAGAGGGGAGGGGGAGGUUAUUUUGUUGAUCUAGAACAAGGGUCUCCAAACUACAGCCCGUGGGUCACAUCCGGCCCGCGAAAAAAAUUGUGCGGAGAUGCGCCAAUUGAACUAAUUUUCCAAUGAGUACUGGUAAAAAAAAUACUUGUUCAUACAUUUCAACUGAUGUUUAUAAUACCUCUCAACUAUUAGUAUUUUUUCAUGGCGUUGACAAUGAAGUUAAAUGUCACACAGGAAUUAGUGUCACUUCACAGCAUGCAUGGCACUACAACAGGAGAUGAUAUCUUCAAAGAAAUACAAAAAAACACUAACAGAAUUAAUUUGGACUGGAACCGUCUGCAGUGCAUAACAGUUGAUGAAGGAAAAAACAUGUCUGGUAUAGAAAUGUGUUUGGUUGGCCAAAUCACAAAAGCUUGUGAGGAUGCCAAUGUUUCUUCACUGUGUUAUUCACCAACAAGCACUCUGUGCAAAACACAUUGAUAUGAGCUCUGUUUUAAAACCUGUUAUUUUUAUCGUUAAUUUCAUUCGCUGUCAUGCACUUAACCAU